CCGGCCUCAGCCCCACAACCCCUCUGACCCCCACCCCCGGCCCCCUGCCGAGCCCCUCGGACCUGUGUCAUCUCUGACGAAGGCAACCCUGGGCCCACUCAGCACCCACCAGGAUGUUUACGGGAGAUGGGUAGGACGGGAGGCAGCCUCAAAGGGCUUCUUGAGAAAUGGGGUCUGGACUCCUGGACAGCUGCCCUCAGACCUAGUCCCCUUCCCCCUCCUCCCUCAGACCCCGGGGUCCAGAUGCCCAGCCCCUCCUCCCUCAGACCUGGGAGUCCUGACCCCAAAUGCUCUCUUCCCUCUGAUCCAAGUGUCCAGACCCCCAGCCCCUCUUCCCUCAGACUCAGGAUCUGGGCACAAAGACACACCGCCCCAGGAGAGCUGAGUCCCCUCCUCACUGGCUGGAAAGCUGAGUGGAGGUUCAGGGGAGAGUGAGGGAUCAUGUUCCCACCCCAGCCCCCAAGUUGACCUCCUCCCCCACCAUUGGGGUGGACCAAACCAGAAGCUUGGGGAUCCCAGUCGGACCCAUUUCCCUGUUUGCAGAGGGGGAAACAGACCGAGCUAGAAGGGGCUCCCUUCCCAUAAGUCCCCUCUCCACCACCUGGGGCCUCAGACCUCUCGGAUCCUGGCCCUCCCCAUCAGGAGGCCUGGAUGCCUUUGGGACCAGGGGACUCUGGAGCAAGAGCUCUGGCCUAUGGCCUGACCCCCAUUUUCUCAUCGCCCUCUUAGGUCUCCUGGUUGCUAGGGGGCCUCCCUAACAAUGGGGCUCAGUGAGGUCUUCUGGGCCUCAGGCCCCCUGCCCCUGGUUGCUAGGGUGAAGACUCCCUGGCAACCAGGUCUCAGGAACCUUUGGGUCACCUGGAGCUGCCUUUCAGGAAUGUUUACUAAGCAGAGGGAUUCCCUGGCAAGAAGGUCUCGGGGUGCCCACUCCUUGGGUCCCCUGGUUGGCUGGGAGGAGACGUCUUAGACUCCCACCUGCUUUCUACGCAGGUUGCUAAGGAGGCUCUUCUAAUGCCAGGGCCCCAUCCCACCCACAAGGCCCCUUCCACCUGGUUGCUAAGGAAGCAACUCCCUAGCAACCAGGUGUGACCAGGCCAGUGUGACCCCCCCUUCUUUCUUCCCAAUUGCUAAGGGGGCUCCCUAGAAAUAGAACUUAGAAUUUUGGGGGCCAGCCGGGCAGGCGGGUGGGGCGAGCCGGUUGCUGGGGUGAUGGCCUUCAAGGUCUCUCCCCACAGAGGCCCCAGGAGUCUGGGGAGGCGACAUGGUGGGGUCUGGGAUCCCUGCUUUGGGCCUCUUCCUGCUAAUGCAGGGCUCAGUAGGUGAGGGGGCUGAUGAGAGGGUCAGAGAGCUGAGCAGAGGCCCUCCUCACCCUCCAUACAGCCUCCCAACACCGCUCUUUUCUUUCACAGAUGGGAAUGGAAUCCAGGGAUUCUUCUAUCCAUGGAGCUGUGAGGGAGAUGUCUGGGAACGGGAGAGCUGUGGGGGCCAGGUGGCAAUUGAGAACCCGAAUCUCUGUCUGCGUCUACGAUGCUGCUACCGCAACGGGGUCUGCUACCACCAGCGGCCGGAUGAAAACAUGCAGAGGAAGCACAUGUGGGCACUCGGCUGGAUGUGCGGAGGCCUCCUCUUCCUGAUCUCCAGCAUCUGCCUGUUCUGGUGGGCCAAGCGACGGGAUAUGCUGCGGCUGCCGUGGUUCAUGAAGGGCAAGUGCAACCUGUCCCAGACCGUCUCUCUGUUACCCAAGGACCGGACACCGAGCGAAAAGAAGAUGGCAUCCAUUGGCAGCAUGCCCACAGAGGGGGCCCUGGACAUCUCAGGGGGCACUGAUGAGGAGGGCAUGGAAGGGGGCGAAUAAACGGAAGCAGGGGAGGAGGAAGAUUAGGGGCACCCCUGGAGGGAUCCCUCAAUACAGAUAUAGCAGAGAUGCAUGGUCUCUUUUCUGAGAAACAUGAAGCAGGGGACGGAUAAGACCCGGAGGCAGAGAGAGAGAGAGAGAGAGAGUGUGUGUGUGUGUGUGUGUGUUUUGGGGGGUGCCUGGGCUGUGAUCAUGGAGGGUGUGAGCUGACGGGCAUCUGGGGUCCAGGGGUAAGUGGGGAGGAUCCGAGCUGAGAGGGACUUGGGCUGAUCGGGGGAGGCCUGAGCUGAUGGGGGUCCUGAGUUGAGUGUAGGUCCUGGGC